AUGUCAGCCAACGCGGCAUCGAUUCCUCAAUGGGUCACUGACCUCAACUUCCCACCAGUGAACAAAUCCAAGAGCGGCAGCAUACCUGAUCCUCCUGGCUAUCCCGCCGCAUCCGGGACUUUGUCGAAGAAACAAGCCGCGAAAGAAUCUAAAGUCCAGCCCCGGAAACAGCCGACGCCUGAGGAGAUGGAUACAUUAAAAUUGAAGAAGGCUUGGGAAGUAGCCCUAGCCCCAAUCAAAAGCCUGCCCAUGACAUUCUUCAUGAUGUACAUGUCUGGAAACUCUCUGCAGAUCUUCAGCAUUAUGAUGGUUUACAUGGCUUUCAAAAACCCCAUCAUGGGCUUGGUGGGAACAAACCAAGCCUUUGAGCGAUUCGAGUCAGACACGAAUAAGGCCAAAAUACUGCAAGUUAAACUCGCAUAUGUUCUCAUGCAGUUAGUCGCGUUAGCGGUCGGAAUAUGGAAGGUCAACGGAAUGGGUCUCUUACCGACAACACGCUCGGACUGGCUUGCCUGGGAGAUUCAAAGGGAUCCAUUAGAACAUGCCAUCUCGGCUCUUUAA